UGUCUACCUUUGAAAAAAAAAAACCCCGGUAGAGACAAGUUUCUCAUAGAACUGGAUACAAAUUAAUGCUGAAGACCAGUACUGCCUGCUGCUGAGGAGAAGACAUUUAUACAGUGUGUGUACAUUACCAGAGGCAUGAAGAUCGCUUCAUUCAACGCAGAGAGGUUUGGAGAGACUAAAGUUUCAGACCCAGACGUCCUGUCAACUCUUGUUAAGAUUGUGUCUCAAUAUGACAUCAUAGUUGUUCUGGAGGUGGUGGGUGUGAGUGGGGCCUCCAUCAAGCUGUUUCGGACAGAACAGGUGACUGUAUGUUUUUAUUUUUGCACUUUAAGCCAAACUGAAAAAAAUAUCACUGCCUUUGUGAGUAGAAAAAUAACAGGCCAUCCUUUGAGGGUGUUUCAGGGUGAACACGUCCCGCCACUAUGCCCUGCAGCUCAGUGCCCGUCUGGGAAGGACCAGAUACAAGGAGCAGUUUAUGUUUCUCUACAGGGAUGACAUGAUGGAUCUGAUUGACUCCUAUCAAUAUGAAGACAAUCAGGAGAACGACGUGGAUGCAUUUUUAAGGGAGCCUUACAUUCUCUACUUCAAACCUCACAACACGGUGCUGAAGGAUUUGGUGCUGAUCCAAGUUCGUGCCACACCACAGGACUCAGAGAAAGAACUGGAUGAGCUGUAUGAUGUCUUCCUAAUCGCCAGAGACAAAUGGAAAACUGAUAAUGUAAUGAUCCUGGGGGACUUCAGAGCAGAUGGUGCCUCUGUCACCGACAAACAAAUGCAAAACAUUCGAAUACGCAGUGAUAGAAAUUUCCACUGGCUAAUUGGUGAUGAUGUGGAUACAACUUCAGCGACAACAAAUAAUCACACCUACGACAGGAUUGUUGUGUAUGGAGAUGACCUGCUGGCAACCAUCGUGCCAAACUCUGCCAAGGCCUUUAAUUUCCAGAAAGAGUUUAACCUGACAAAUAAAAUGGAGCUCAAAGUCAGCGAUCAUUAUCCGGUUGAGGUCGAGUUAAUCAGUGCAUCUCCUUUCUGGCUGGCAAGAUGUGGAAUCGCUACAGCAUCAGUUAGCAGAGCUGCAACAGUUGUGCUUGAGGGUGAGGCUGCAGUUCAAAUAUGCAUGGAAUUUGGGAGCGUCUCUUACCUUGGAAAAUGUUUAUAUUUGUGAUGUGUUCAGUUAAAAGUUGCUGUUGCAUUAAUGAAUUUGAGGAUUGACAUAGAUCAUUGUAAACCAAAAGUAUUUAUUAAAGGAAAUACUUUUGCCUUACUUAACUUAAAGACUACAGAGAAAAUGAGAGGGCAAUCAAAACACAUUAUGUGCUAUAAACUCAAAGCUACAGCUUGAAGAGUACACCCUCAAUGAAGCAGAGUAUUGGAAGAUAAAAAAAUAGUUUCGAUUAGGUCCAUGUUUGAAUGAUUUCAGUCAAAGAAACAUGAUUUAUCAAAAAAUUGAAAGUCUUAGGGAAUGACCUACUCAAAGCUCAGACCUUGUCUUGUUGGAAAACCUUUCAUAAAAGAAACAGAUUAUUUUGGGUGCAAAAUGUUGUAAAGAAAAUAAAAGUUGAGCAGAACAAGACAUUGCUCAUAAUAAGAACUAUUGUUCGUCUGUCAAAAAACUUGUAAUUUUUUGCACUGCAGUAAAAAUCUGUAUAUUGUUUAUUUUUGCUCUGUAUGUUUUCUGUGCUGAAGUGGAACCUUUCAUACCAGGCUCUUAUGUCUGCUGAUUGAUUCAGCUUGUUGUGAAAAUGGUGUAGUUGUCAAUCAAGUUGCUGCCGCAGGUUAUUACAUAGAAAUGAAAAAAGAAAACGAAUUGGAAAUGUGAUGUGCUUUUUUUUACAUUCCUGGAAGACUGCCAGUCCUUCCACGCAGCCUUUCCACGAACUAAAUGAACUGCCUAACAAGCUUCUAUUUCUUUGUAGUGCUACAGCAUGCCUUUGUGUUCAGUCAGAUCUGGCAGAACUUCACUGUCUCUAUACUGAUCACAUUUUUCAUAUUUUCUGAUCAUGACUAACCCAGAAGUUAAAAUAAAUUAAACUGAUUAUACAGUUUGUAACUUUGACUUAUUAGUAUAAAUGAUAAUAGAAGCCAAUAAAAAUAGUAAAUGCAUUUGAACUCAAAAGGGAAAAUUAAAAACACAAUUUU